AUGAACUUUGUCUCCCUGGAAGUGUCGAAAUGGGGCAGGCAAGCCCUGCUGCCUGUGGCGGCUGUGUGCAUUCAGGAAGCCCACUCUGAGUCAGAGUCAUGCGCUCCCUCUGGGGCUGGCACUAGCACUCAGGGGGCACCCCAACCCUGGCCCACGGCCCUCCACCUGCCCGGCCCUGACACCUGGCCCUUGGGACCGCCCCCACCUUUCCCCCAAAGGAGCAUCCCAGGCCGAGAGAGGAGGGAGGAGGAGGCCUCUUAUACAACCCAGCGGAGGAUACCUGCGGCUUCUGGCUCUCGAGCGGAGGCUUUGGGCGGAGAGGAAACGCCUCACCUGGGCAGGUGGAAGCAGGAGGCGGCGGAAUGCCAGAUUUUUAUCAACAAUGAAUGGCAGAACUCAGAGAGCGGGCGGACCUUCCCCGUCUACAACCCGGCGCUUGGAGAACCGAUCUGUGAGGUGCAAGAAGCAGACCAGCUGGACACGGACAAAGCGGUGCGCGCGGCCCGGCUGGCCUUUUCCCGCGGAUCGGCCUGGCGGAGGAUGGACGCCUCCGAGAGGGGAGCCCUCCUGGGCAGGCUGGCCGACCUGGUGGAGAGGGACCGGACCACACUGGCGACGCUGGAGUCUCUCAACAGCGGGAAGCCCUUCUUGCAGGCCUUCUACGUGGACCUGCAGGGCGCCAUCAAGACCUUGCGCUACUACGCCGGGUGGGCCGACAAGGUGCAGGGCGCCACCAUCCCCGUGGACGGAGACUUCUUCACUUUCACGCGCCAGGAGCCCAUCGGCGUCUGCGGACAGAUCAUCCCUUGGAACUUCCCUCUGCUGAUGUUCGCCUGGAAGAUUGCGCCGGCCCUUUGCUGCGGGAACACGGUGGUCCUCAAGCCGGCCGAGCAGACCCCCCUCAGCGCCCUCCACAUGGGCGCCCUCAUCAAGGAGGCCGGCUUCCCUCCGGGCGUGGUCAACAUCCUUCCCGGGUUCGGACCCACCGCCGGAGCGGCCAUUGCCUCCCACUUGGGGAUCGACAAAGUGGCCUUCACCGGCUCCACCGAGGUGGGGAAACUGAUCCAAGAAGCCGCCGGGAGAAGCAACUUGAAGAGAGUGACCCUGGAACUUGGGGGGAAGAGCCCCAACAUCAUAUUUGCAGAUGCAGACUUGGAGGAGGCGGUGGAGCAGGCCCACCAAGGGGUCUUCUUCAACCAGGGCCAGUGCUGCACCGCCGGCUCCAGGGUCUUCGUGGAGGAGCCCAUCUACGAGGAGUUUGUGCGCCGGAGCGUGGAGCGGGCCCAGCGCAGGACCCUCGGAAGCCCCUUCGACCCCACCACCGAGCAAGGCCCACAGAUUGACCAGAAGCAGUACGACCGGGUGCUGGAGCUGAUCCAGAGCGGGGUGGCGGAGGGGGCCCGGCUGGAGUGCGGGGGCCAAGGCCUCCCCGGCAAAGGCUUCUUCAUCCAGCCCACCGUCUUCUCCAACGUCACCGACGACAUGCGCAUCGCCAGAGAGGAGAUCUUUGGCCCCGUCCAGGGGAUCCUGCGCUUCAAGACUAUGGAGGAGGUCAUUGAGCGGGCCAACAACUCCGACUUUGGGCUGGUGGCCGCCGUCUUCACCAGCGACCUCAACAAGGCCUUGGCUGUCUCCUCCGCCAUGCAGGCCGGCACUGUCUGGGUGAACUGCUACAACGCCCUCAAUGCCCAGAGUCCCUUCGGAGGGUUCAAAAUGUCCGGCAACGGGAGGGAAAUGGGCGAGUGCGGCCUGAGGGAGUAUUGCGAGGUGAAGACGGUGACGAUCAAGAUCCCUCAGAAGAACUCCUAAGGAUCUGGCGAGCGACCCAUUUGCCGCUUUCCUCGUGAGGACUGGCACUCAGGAAUUUGUACCAAGUGACACUGACCUUGUCGGAUUCUUUUUUAUUAUUAUUAUUAUUAUUAAAUCAAAUUGCAACCGGGUCCAUUGCUGCGUUCCGUGGCCACAAUCGACUCCUACAAAAAAAACAAGUUCAUCUGAAAACAUGCUGAAAAGAAAGACGUUUACGGCUUCUUCGGUUUGCUUCAUUCGACAGUAAACCCUUCAGUACGACUCAAAACAGGGGCCACGUUCCAGAAACACAAGCCGUGGUUUGGAGGAACAACAGAUUUCGGACUUCGCCGUGGAUUUGGGCCAUUUUGGGGUCACUUUUGCAUGUGUUCAUCCUUUUGGAAGGCUGUUGGUCACGGUUGGUAAGGGCCACACUCUUCCGAAGGAGAGUAUUUUGUGAAAACGGGGCUUCAAGGCACAACCAGAGGCUGGUUUCCCGGAUUGCUGUCUUGCAUCUCUUCUGCAGCGUAACAGUUUUUGACAUAUAAGGCUACUCCGCCUCCUCUCCCCUUUGUUCGGUUUCUGUGAAAGAGGUUAUAGCUCUCCAGAGGCGGCCCUAGGUAAUUUUCAACGGUAAGCAAACAGUAUUUUGGCGCUCCCCCCUCCAAACAAUCACUGAUAUAUAUUUUCUGUUCAUCGUGGGAGUUUUGUGUGCCAUAUUUGGUUCAAUUCCAUCAUUGGUGGAGCUCAGAAUACUCUUUGAUGGUAGGUGAACUAUACCUCCCAAUAACUACAACUCACAUAUGUCAAGGUCUAUUUCCCCCCAACAGCGCCUCAAGAGCGCCCCUGGGCAAAAUGAACUGUACCGCGACUGCGUACUUUGCGUAAUGGGUGAACCGCCCCUGGGCACAACGUUGCCCACUUGAAUGAAGCAGAGCGACAACAGAGGACACCACAACACAAAGCUUCCUGUGGUUUUUGGACACGAUUCAUGACGAAACUGGGCCAAAAGCAAAGGCCUGCGUUUGGGGGCUUUGUUUGGAUUGUUUGGAAGGGCAGCUGUGUAUAUUCAGCUGUGUCCGUUGUUUGCGACAGCAUCAUCGUUACAUGAGCCCAGCAUCGUUAAUAUUAUUGUUAUUAUUAUUGCUCUUGUUAUAACAUCAUCUCCCCAAAUGACUCAGACGCCCUAAGCCCUGGAGUCGGGAAAUAAACGCCUUUCUGCACCUGAAGCCAGAAGGAAAGCCUCAGAUGAAGGAACUCAUAUAUCCCAAGGCUGCGUCCGUCUACACUGGGGAAUUGAUGCGGUUUGGCACCACUUUGAGAUCUAUUCUCAAUGCUAGGGAAUCCUGGGAGCUGUCGUUUGGUGCCUCUCUUGGCAGAGAAGGCUAAAGAAGAAUAUAUUAUUAUU